UAUACCGUCGUACGUUAAUCUCUGAUGCGGGCCAAAUUAAGCCGGAUCUGCAAUUGGCUUUUAAAGCCGCAUUGUCAGCAGUUUACUUCCGGUCGAUUACGUAACAAUCUGCUGGUCCGACGGAAACCUCAAACUCCGCCAUUGUAAAGGGAAGACAAAAGAAUCUAUUAGAAUCGACGCUAUCUAAGAGCCCAUCCGGUCUAAAUUAUCAGUCACAACCUCGAAGAAACUUCCAAUUGACACAUUGCUAUUACCAUUUUGAAAUUAUUUGCGCGUUUUCCGUAAAAAAUCAUGGCUUCAAGGAGCCCGGGUGCUCGCACGAGACUCGGCGGUCGACCAAUGCUUUCGCCAGAGGAUCCAAUGAAAAGAAAAAAAACAUGGGAGCAGCAACACAUACGCGUUCGAUUGCUGAAAGAUGUUUAUAGCACAUGGCAGGAGUUAAGAAAAGCGUCUAUUUACGCGAGCGACUCGGCGUUUGCCAGCCAUUUGUUGUCCUUAGAGCUUCGGCGCCGGGAGAGGUUUACAAAAACAACAACUGGCGGACCAAAACAAAAGGCAGCAGCCAUACGAGAACCGCCAACGUCAACCCCAGUAGGAAAGCACCACAACAAAAUGGCAGACCCAGAGAUAUCUCUUAGUGAAGCUGGCAGUGACCAGGGGGACAAGUAUGAAGCAUAUAAGGCCCGAAAGCAGCUUUCUGCAAUUGAUUGGAACUUCCACCAAGGCAGAGAGAAAGCAGUCAAUGAUAAGGGAGAGCAGAUGGUAUCAAGAAAAUACAAUAGAGGCACCAAAGAGUGGAAUUUGAGAAUAAUCAAAGUAGGCAAGACUUGCGCUAAUAGAUCACGUGACCUUGUGGGUGGCAAAUUCAAGCCAAAAUAAACACAGAAAUGACUGCGCCCGUCUCGUCAGAGAAUGAAAUAAAAAAUGAAAUCUUUAAAUAAUAAAAAAAACUGUUGGAAUUCAGAUAGGUCAGAUAGAUGAGAUGCUUCUGGAUAUGAACACAACUUUUAUUUUCCACUUGUCGAUAUUCACGGGUAAAGUUCUACACGAGUUUCAACUUCAAAAUUAUCACGAAUUACCACGAGAUUCGCUGAAAUAAACAAAUACUGAAGAUGAAAAUUAUGGCAAUUUCCGCUAAUUAUACAAACGCAUGAUACUUACACGGGUGCGGAAUCCAUCCAAAAACAAAUCCAUACAAUAUUCAUUAGAUUCAGGUCAAAAACUCCAAUAAAAAACUCCAGGAAAUUCUC